UUGUGUUAGAGUUUGUGGCUGUCAGUUGGUACAGCAUUUGGGCAUACAUCAGACCACAUUUUGAUUUAAACUAGGCAAACUAAAACGUAAUAAAGAUGUCUCAGCAAAGAGAAGUUGAUCUGGAAAACAGAGAUCCAAAUGGUCUUAAUAGUCACAUUCAGGUUAUGUUCGAAGAUGUCUUAGCUGAGUCAGAUGGAGCCCACUCUUUAGAUUGCAUCUGGAAAGCAAGUUUUUGCUGUUUCGAAUGCGGAAAGAACCUCUGUUACAGAAUCCUGACAACACUGUGCGGUGUAUGCAUUGCGUUGAUGUGGGGUUGCGAAUUUGCGCAAACGGCAUUUGCCCAUGUGUGGUGCUACACUCCUUGGAUACGGGAUUUCUCUAUCUGCAUGGGCUGUGCACAGAGAAUCUUCGGUACAAUUAUCAACUGCUGUUGUAGUCCAUUCUGUGAGGCUUGUGGAGGUAUAUUUACUCGGAUCAAAAUUCAAAAGAGUUAAGAUUUUGAUGUAACUGAGGACUUUUUUUACUUCUGAUGCUCAAGUGAAAUGCAGAAUACCGUCUCUUUUCAAACGUUUCAUUCAUGAUAUGUGAUGAAAAUACAUAUUAUAUUUCAAAGACAUCUGUGAUAGUUGAUUGUUUUUAAAUUUUAUAUUUAUACCGGAUUUUACGAGUAUAUAUAUAUGACAUAUCUUUUGAUGAAGAUUAUUGAAAGGUAAAACAAUGGAUUAUCACGUGCAAAAUCAUUGUUUGUUUACUUUAUUUUUCAAAUGGGCAGUAUGUUAUUUUUUCUUUACUAGUAUUAUUGUAGUACUGUAAUACUACUUUUCUUUUAUUUUAUUUUUUUAUUAUUAAAACAACUAAAAUGA